UGACAUAAAAGGAGGCAUGUAGAGAAGCGUUGCUCACAUUUCUGCGUCCAGAACACACACUUGCCAAAGAGCUGCUUUCAGAAAUCCCCUCUCAAUGGCCAGUUACAGCUUCAGGCAAUCCGUCUCUGGUGGGGGGUAUGGCGGGUCUUCCUUCAGAGCUCCAAGUAUCCAUGGCGGGUCUGGAGGCCAGGGCAUUUCCAUGUCUUCUGCUAGGUUCGUCUCCUCUGGGGCUGGAGGAGGCCUAGGGCUUGGCUAUGGCGGAGGAGCUGGGGCUUGCUAUGGUGGGGGCUAUGGCGGGGGCUAUGGCGGGGGCUUUGGGGGAGGUGUUGGAGGUGGCUUCGGCGGCAGCAACGACGGCCUCCUUUCCGGAAACGAAAAGGUCACGAUGCAAAAUCUGAACGACCGCCUGGCAAACUACUUAGACAAGGUGCGCGCUCUGGAGGAAGCCAACACAGAGCUGGAGGUCAAGAUCCGAGAGUGGCACCAGAAGCAGUCUCCCACCAGCCCAUCCAGGGACUACAGCCACUAUUACAAGACCAUCGAAGACCUCAGAGACAAGAUCCUUGAAGCAACAAUUGACAACAACAAGGUUAUCCUGCAGAUUGAUAAUGCCAGGCUGGCGGCUGAUGACUUCAAAACCAAGUUUGAGUCUGAGCAAGCCCUGCGCAUGAGUGUUGAGGCUGACAUCAAUGGGCUGCGCAGAGUCCUGGAUGAGCUGACCUUGGCCAGAACUGAUCUGGAGAUGCAGAUUGAAAAUCUGAAGGAGGAACUGGCUUACCUUAAGAAGAACCACGAGGAGGAAAUGAGUUCCAUGUCUGGGCAAGUGGGAGGCCAAGUGAGCGUUGAACUUGACUCUGCUCCUGGCAUUGACCUCACCAGGGCUCUGACCGAUAUGAGAGACCAGUAUGAGAAGCUGGCUGAGAAGAACAGGAGGGACGCCGAGGCUUGGUUUACCACCAAGACUGAAGAACUGAGUCGGGAAGUCGCGGUCAACACCGAGCAACUUCAGAGCAGCAAGACUGAGAUCACAGACUUGAGGAGGACCCUCCAAGGCCUGGAGAUUGAGCUCCAGUCUCAGCUCAGCAUGAAAGCUGCCCUGGAAGGCACCUUGGCCGAUACGGAGGCUCGCUAUGGGGCUCAGCUGUGCCAGAUCCAGGGCCUGAUCAGCAACAUCGAAGCGCAACUGGUUGAGGUCCGAUCGGACAUGGAGCGUCAGAACAGCGACUAUAAGACCCUGAUGGACAUCAAGUCCCGGCUGGAGCAAGAGAUUUCGACCUACCGCCAGCUCUUGGAUGGCCAAGAUCUCCAUUUCUCCGGAAGUGUUUCGGGGACUAAUGGCAAAGCAGAUGAUAAGAAGUGAAGAGCACUCUCCUUUCCAGAAACAGGAUGGGCAGCUGCCGUUUCUGGCAGAUGAAAAUCAUCGUUUCAAAAUCACUUAGCAGCAAACUUCAUGAGUGCCCAUUCUGGAUGGCUGAGGGCCACGCAAUGGCCAGAUUCUCUGACUUAGCUCUUCCUGCUUUUAACCUUUCUGUAUGGUGUUUCUUCUUCCUAAUAAAGUUCCUUUGGGGCUUCUGCAAACUGAAA